GCAUCUUAUCCGACGACGAUACAUCAUCUUCCAGCACUUCCGCCGCUAACUAACAGAUGCGGCUCCUAGUCGGCUUGGUCGGCUCCAGACCGACUACCGGCUUCCCACCAAAGAAAGGCCGCAACACCUCCCAUUCUCGGAUCAAAACCCUGAGAGACUUCCAAUUCCUCCCCCUUCUGCUGCAAAAUCUCCCCCCUUUUGAUCCUCCUCUAGGCGUCGAGAUCCCUUUCUUCGAUCUUGAUCUCCACUUUCCUUCCAAAAUCGAUGGAUUUCCGAUCGAGAAUGCCCUCUCUCAGUUCCUCUCGGACGUUGUCCCUCGGUUUCUUCAUGCUAGAGAGGGAACCUCCAUGGAUUCCAGCUCUCGGAACAGAGAGCUGGAGCGAUUUAGAUUUGGAUCGGCUGCGAUCAGCAUAUCUGUGAGAAGAGAUGAUGACUCCUGGGAGGAAGAAAACCGGGAGAGUUGGGAAUGCUCCGGUGCUGGAGCAGAUGCUGUUGAUGUAUUAGAUCAAGUAGUGGACUUUCUUCAUGAAGAGAAGACAGUAGAGAAGUAUUCAGAUUCUGUCACUAAAACUCCAAUGAGCCAGAGGAGCAAAUUGCAAAAGGAAUUACGGUUUGAAAUAGUGGAAAUAGAGCUCCCCCGGAGAGAAACUAUGAGCUCCUGUGAAGCAGAGGAAGCUGGAUUCUGCUUUGAACUUUCAAAUAUUAAAAUUCUUCUGAGGGCUUCAAAGGAACAGUGUGAAAGCAAAACUCCCAGCAACGAGCAAAUGGCUUUCCAAAUAGCAGUGAAGACAGCGGCAAUUAGCAUCAAGAUCGGCUUAUGAGCUUCUUUUCUGAAAUUCCUUGUUCUCCACUCUAUCCAGAGGGCUUCAAAGGAACAGUGUGAAAGCAAAACUAAACUCCCAGCAACGAGCAAAUGGCUUUCCAAAUAGCAGUGAAGAAGGGGCAAUCAAAGAAGAGAUGAUCAACUGACUCAAUGGAGCAUUGACAUAGCACACAACCUCCCAAAUUC